AUGCCAUUCUUCUCACCCCUCGUAUCCCGUCGCUUCCUCUACGCCAGUGCUGGUUUGACAGCAUUCACCAUCUACAAACACACGGAAAUCUGCAUAAAUGAACUCUUCCCCGCCAUAGACGAAAAUCUUGGUCCCGAUAGCCUUCUCGCGUUUACAGCAAAAGGGAAUUACCUGAAUACUUCAGCGACUUAUGUCACGAUGUUGAUUUUGCAACUCAAAUGGGCCAAACACGGUUUAACGGCGAAGUACGACAAGAUUCUGUUGGUAUGGUAUUUGUUGCAGUCUUUCAUGUUUGGGGUAGCUUAUUUGAGGAAGGCUUUCUACACGCCUCUGCUAGCUUGGUGGGGAAUUCCGGCUUUGAUGGGAAUGAGCCAAUUGUGA